AUGGCUUGUAUCGCCAUCCGAGAGUGGGAGAUGUUGGGCACUCUUGGAGAGUUUGACUUGCACUUGGGCGAGUUUGUUGAGUCUGCAGCCUUGUUUGCGAUAGUUGCCCAGCCUACACUUGUGAACCGAGUAAUGGAGACACAGAAGCGUGAUCUUGAGGUCCCCGUUUAUGAUAGGGUCAUCGUCCCUAUUGCAAGGAAGUUUACUGGCAGAGAGAAAGGCUUUACAGAGUUACAACGUAUGGGAAUUGGCCUCUUUAUUUCAGUACUAUGUAUGGUAUCUGCUGCUUUGGUGGAGAUGAAGAGAUUGGCACUUGCACAAGCCCUUGGUUUGGUUGAUGAAAAUGUUCCAAUGCCACUUAGUAUCACGUGGCAAAUACCCCAAUAUUUUUUGUUUGGUGCUGCAGAAGUAUUUACAUUCAUCGGGCAGCUUGAGUUCUUUUACGUGCAGUCACUGAAUGACAUGUGUAGCUUGUUUGCUGCGUUGUCCCUUUUGACGACUUCCAUGGGAAGCUACUUGAGCUCUUUUAUUCUUACUGUGGUGACAUCUCGAUCAACGGAGACUGGGAGGAGGACGAUGGCGAAAGGGUGGGAUUUGGGGGUAGGGGAAGAUCUUGAAGCUUUUGUUCAUUUGGUGGCUGGAGCUGGGAGGUCGUUUCACUUGGCUGAGGACGCCCAUUUGAGACGUGAUGGACAGCAUGCCUUGCAGGCCGUUGUAGAGAUCCGGGAGUUAUUGUACCAGGCAUUCCAGGUUGCCCAUCGGGAAGAUCGUUUGUAUUACGGCCACUACGGUGUACACACUUCAGCAGCUGCUCUAGACACAUGA